AUGCCCCCAAAACGGAAAGUCCGAGCCGUCCCUCCCCCUCCCCAAAUGGGGUUGAUGCUUGCCCCCAUUGUUCCUCCCUCCAGCAGUGGUUCCACGUCUCUGCCUACCGUCAAUACCGCUAAUACGACCCCCAACACUACCGAUUUGGUACCCCCGGUGGAUGUGAAGAAGCUAUUUCCUGAUACAGCCCCGCCCGAAGUCACCGCUGAGUUCCUCCGCAAACAGCACAACUUCAUCUGCCUCGGCCGGGCCCACGACUGUGUGAGCUUAUGGCUGACGCUGGAAGCACCCCCCAGAAGCAGCGAGGUUCGCAAGCUUCCUUACGAACAGUACAAGAUGCUCCACAACAUGAAUGCGUUCACGCUUCUGCUGGAGACCCACACCCUUUCCUCAGUUGACAUUUGCAAUUUACUUGAGUUGUAUAUGCUCAAAGUGAACCUGGUGUGGCCGUUACUCCCUGCGGAGGAGUUUUGGGUCCACUUGGGGCGCGACGAAGUGCCGUCCAUUAUCACCUACGCCAUGGUGUUGGUGAUUGCUCGAGACCCAAUGGCGGAACCGAUUUUAGUCCCCAUUCUAGGAUGGGAAGGCUACCACCAGAAGCUUGAAAAGUUCAUGGUGAACAUCGAGAACAAGACUCGCCAGUUACUUAUGGCGAUGCCAUACCUCUGCUUUGACUUUAGAUUCUGCAAAAUGGUGGUGAUGGCGAUGUUUCUGUUCCAUUUUGGCCCCCACCGCUUUGGUAAUGAACAGAUGCUGAGCGAUUUGAGCAGUGCCAUUUCCAUCGCCGUGGGGAUGGAAAUCCACAAAAAGAAUACCAUUGUCAACGUGGCGGCGGUCAAGCGGGAGUAUGUGACGAAUCUCUGGUGGGUACUUUACGUUAGUGACCGGCUCAAUGGUCUCAUCAACGCUCGCUCCCUCUUCAUUCGUCUGGACGACUUCAACUUGGAUUUGCCUUAUGCGAAUUUGAACUUGCUUAAACUUGUCCAACUUGCCCGCCUCGUGGAGAAUAUGAUGCUUGCCGUGUUCCGCCCGUUUGACAACAACAAUGUAGUGCUGCAGAUCAACAAGAUGGAGAUCCGCUACAAGAUGUUUGACCUUGACGAGUUUCAAAAGAUGGAGUUUGCCUACUGUGACCGCGAGCAGUACUCGACCCAGUCGCCGUAUAACUGCCAAUUUGCCACCAUCCUGGACCUCCGCAACUCGCUCGCUACCUAUACUGCCCAGCACUUGCAUUUCAUCUCUCGAGUGUUGCAAAACCACGUCGUUGCCAUUGCCCAAAAGGUGCGCUAUGACGACUGCCACAUCCCCAAUCUGAUCCCCGAGCUGUAUGUGUUCAAGGCGUGCCACAACAUUAUCUUUUACAACCACAAAAUGCCCCGCGAGAUCCACCUCCACCUUCCCAUCACCGUAUUCACCCUCUUCUACGCGCUGUGCUACUUGUUGUUGCGGCGGACGUACGCCAGAUUCCUCUCCCCCCAGGAUGCUGCCGACAUCGGCCUUGAAUAUGAGCUGGAAGAAGACUCGACGUUUGCCUGGAACAGCCAGAUGAAGAUCUUGCGCUACACCUAUGCCGGCAAGUGGUGGUUUAUCGAGGAAUACUGUCGCCUCGCUCACGCGUUUAACGAGCUGUAUUUGCUCCAGAGCACCGACUUGGUGCCUACGGCGUUCUUGGCAUACGACAUGAGCCAUUUCAGCUACAACAUGGUGUUCAUCGCAUUGGAGUCGGACUUGUUUAAGCUCCGGGAAGCGCAAUUGGAUGAAACCGGAACUCUCCACUUGGAAACAUGGGUGGGGAAAAUCGAGAAGUUUAAUUGA